GCGGCUCCACCACGGCGGCGGCGGCGGCGGCGGCCGGGAGGGGGACAGUAGUUGUAAUGUAGACCCCCGCCCCGGCCUCCGAGAAGCUGUAAUGGGCUGAUCAGGAUCUUGUCAGUGUCCUGGAAGAGGAUGGUCAAAGGUCAGGCUAGCAAGAACUCUACAAGGAACCCAGAAACAGAUGCUGAAAUGUAUUUGGGGAAAUCAGAAACAUAGGCUCAAACCCAAAUAAAAUGAAAUGAAGACACUUCCAUAAAGAGAAGCAUUCCAAGAGCUCAUGAUGCUAUUCUGGAUGAACAUAAAAGGAACGAACUUUUUACAGACAACUUUUGUAAAGUUUGUAGUGCGAUGCUACAGUUUGAAUCCCAAAGGAUUUCACAUUAUGAGGGCAAGAAGCAUGCUCAAAAGGUUAGAUUUUAUUUCCAAAUUCACGGGGAACAAAGUGAAGCCCAGGGCACUGAUAAAAGAGGGCAGCUGGACUUUGUGGCCCGGCAGGCGGAUGGGAGUGGAGUGGUGGACAAAAACAAAUUUUGUGAGCUCUGCAACAUGAUUUUUAGUUCCCCAGUUGCUGCUCAGUCCCACUAUUUGGGGAAAGUUCAUGCCAAAAAGUUGAAGCAGUUCAUGGGAGAACAUGCUCAGACGUCUCCACCAAGCGCUCAGCCAGACAAGGCAGGUCUUCCUGUUGCUAGUUGUGCUGGGCCAGAGCCACAGCAUCCCACUUCUGACAGAGCCACCCCAGAAGCGGUGAUGGAAGAAAUCGCCCUGUCCCGUGGCGGCCCCGCCGUGGAUCUGAAGGAUGCAGACAAGUACUGCGAGUUGUGUUGCGCAUCCUUUAACAGCCCGCUCAUGGCCCAGCAGCACUACCUGGGCAAGAAGCACAAGAGGAGUGAGGCCCGCAAGAAGAUCCUGGAAGAGAUCGGGCACGAGACCCUCCCCGCCGAGUCCACGAGCAGCGCACUUGGUGUGGGUAACUACAUCUGUCCCAUUUGUAGUAUCACCCUUACAUCCAUAGAAAUGUACCAGUCCCACAUGCAAGGAAAUAAACAUCAAAUUAAAGAAUCCCUGGUUGUCAACCUCAUGAAGAAUUCAAAGAGAGCCUUUCACUCUUUCCAAGAUGAGCUGGCUGACUACAUCCAGGUGCAGAAAGCCCGUGGGCUGGAGCCCAAGACUUACUUUAGGAAGAUGGCGGAGGAGCACUUUGAGAUGGACCAGGACAAGGAGGAGCUCGCUGCCCGGCCCCAAAGUGUGCUGGCGGCAUUUGAGCAGAGACUCCCACCUGAGACUUUCCAGGCCUGCCCAGGAACGUGUGCCCUCACUCGAACGGUUGAGAACACGUUGCACCAUCGGUCACCAGUUCACAACAGCAGACUCAGGCUGGAACUUCGCCACUGUCAGCCCAGCAAGGAAGAGUUCUCAGAAAAAUUAGUGGCCUUGGGGCCCACACAGCAGGACAGUAACUCGGGCCUGUCCAGCGUCUCCUCCGACAACAGCACCGAUUCCUGCCACGCGGGUCAAAAGCCAAAAGUGAUUCACCAGAGGAAGAAGAGGCAUCCCAAGGAGGAGAGAGAAGACCGGCCGAUCAAGGAAAAGAAGAGGAAGAAAAACAUGGAGGACAAAGACUCAGGCAGAGACCACAGGGCCAUCCGAAGGAGGAAGGCAGAGGCAGAUGGCAGCCGUGUCAGAAAGCCAAAGCAUAGGAAAGAGAAGAGACACCAGGACGUAGCGGCUGACAGGGAAGACCGCAGACACCGGAAGGAGAAGAAGGAGCCCCUGCCCAGGCGGACAGAGGAGGAGAUGUUGUGGGACGAGUCCAUCCUGGGCUUCUGAGGCCGCUCGCCUGCUGGAAGGUACCUGAGGGUGGCAUGGCCUCGGACCCCCAGCCAUCACGAGGAUGCCCAAAGGUGUUCGGCCUGUUCUCCAGCACUUUAUAAUGAGAAGUAACUUCUCUUAACAUUUUCUAAAAAUGAUUUCAUGAAAAUGCCUUGUUUUUCCAGGUAAUGCUGCUUCAUUUUGUAUGGAAGGCUAGUUUUCUUCCCCAGGUGGCAAUGGUAUCUUUGAGUUGUCCUUUAUUUCAGAUGACCUUUCCAAAUUCCUUUCUUGCUUAGGUUCCUGUUAGUUUUGGUUAAGGUUUGGUGUUUUGUUUUUCUUGAUCGUUUUUUCAAGAGAAUAUAUGGAGCAGUGUAGGAUUAUUUUUUUCCAUGUUUAGACUUAAUUUACAAUGUGUUUUCCAGGUGUGAAAGUAUAAAUGACAUAGGCUAAAGUUAGAUAGACAUAGUUCAAAAUGUUCUCAAGUAAAUAAUACUGAUCAGAAUUCAGCCGCAUUCAGGAAGGGUUCAUAUUAAAAAUAUUCUAAUUUUACAUGCUGUUCUAUGCAAAUGAUGUCUUCCCUUUAUAAUGUAGUUGUAUCUUUCCCCGAAUGAUUUGGACUUAGUCCUUCAUUCCUGUGUUAUUUGGCUACAGCUGGUAAGGAGGAGGUGCCUAAGCAGUGAUUAAAGAAGUGCUUGUUAAACCCCACAUGGGGUCGCAAAAAGUUUGGCAGCAGUAAAAGGUUUCUGAAUGUGCAGCAACCAAAAUUAAUUAAAACUCAAGCGUAUCAUGAAUCCGAGGUGUUUCUGGCAGCACUUGCCUGUGCUGCAUCGGGCAACUUCAUUGUCACCUUGGUUCUGAACACAGAGCAUGCACAGUGUGAAGCACGUGCGCUUUGCACCUGUGCAUGCUGCCAGGCCACACAACACCAAGGCAUGCUGCUGAAAUGGGAAAAGGUGUUGCGAGUGGAAAAAAGUUUAAGAAGCCCUGGAUUAAUCGACUCUUGCUUAAUGAAAUCCUUUCUACCUCAAGAAACAUGGACAGGAAGUUCUCCCACCCAAAAUCACUGUUCUUGCCACACAGAUCAUAGACCAGACUUCCAGGCACACGAAAUGACGUGGUACUUGGGGACCACCCUCACUAGCAGUCUGGUCCAGUGGACACAGAGGGUGGAGAGCUGUUGACCCUUUCCCAAGACUAUGGUGUAGCCUCUCCAUCAUACCUGGGCCCAGUCUCAGUCCCUGCAUGGAUAAACAGAGCCCCGGGAUGAAAGGCACUUUGGCACAGGCGGAAUCAACCUGGAGCGCUAUGUUUGUUUUUUAGGGAAGUUGAAUAUAGAAUCACAGAGUUUAGAGAUAGAAUGGACUUAAGAGAUCAUUUCUCAAACUGUUUGGUCUCAGGACCGUUUUACAAUCUGAAAAAGUAUGGAGAACCCCCAAAGAACAAUUGUUUAUAUAGGUUAUAGCUAUUGACAUUGGCCAUACUUGAAAUUAAGACAUUUUAGAGUUACUAUGAAGAUGUUUUGGCCUCGAAGUGCCUCGGGGACCCCCGUUUUAAGAGGUGAUGGUCUCACUCAGUGUCAUUUCACACAUGAGCAAACCUCGGCCCAGAAGAGCUAAGUCCCUCACUGGAGGUCACCCAGCCAGUUAGUGGCAGAGCCAGGCCUCCUGGCUCCCACUCCCCCACCCCCUUUCCAUCACCCUGAACUACAUCAGGCCAGCCCAGCCAUUCAUCUCCCCAGUCCCUGGUUUAGUUACUCUUACUCCCUCCUAGAAAAACUCAGUGAUUGAGCAGGUUUGCAUCAAUUUCGCCCUUCUCGCCAAUUCUGCCUCCUGAUUUUUCAGCAUUCUAGCAGAAGCAAGCCCCUCUGGCAUUCUAGGACAGCCUGUUGUGGCUUGUACCCUUUCCUGUGUGUUCUCUUAAAUUGAAAACAUUCCUGGCCAUGAUGGGGGAAGAUGUAUUUGAAGAGUAAUACAGUUUCUCUUGGCUCGCCUCUCUCCAACCUUUGAGAAACUAGCACCAUUCAAAAAGUGCCUUGUGUAUGAUCAUAAACCCUACGGACCAUAGGGCAGGGGAGGAAAUCCAGAAGUGGGUAAGACGCAGGCUCUGCCCUGAUGAGGCUUACAGUUGAGAAUGGGGGCAGGAACUAUGACGCGUGACACAAAAGUCCAGGCAAUUCUACCGUAAUUCAACUUGGGCAUUGCUAAAGAUCACCCCUUCAUGCAAAACUACAUGAAACCAUAGGGCUUACGGGGAAGAGGGUUUCAGGGCACAACACACAACAACUUUUUCACUAUUGCAUUUUUUAAAAGGUAGAAACCUAAAUAAAAAUGAUAGCAUGGUUUUAGACAUGCUAAAUGGUUAGGUACGUAAACAUUACAGUAACUAGUGGUGAGGGCCAGGGCCUCAGGCCAUUCCUCAGCCUGCGCUCCUGUUGAUUGAAGAGGACACCAUGGGGGGAGGGGGGCAGGGGAGUAUGUGGGUCCACACCAACCCUCCUCUACCCAUAGCUCCUACGACACCAGGAGAUACACAAUAAAUAUGGCACUUAACGUC